GAAAUGUUUAUUUCUUCUCUAAAUUUAUUUUUAAUUAUUUUAAUUUCAAUAAUUUCUGGACAACAAUUAAACAACAAACCUCAACAAAAAAUUCCAGAAAUAGACCCAAAUCAUUUCCAGCCAAGUUUAAUUCCCUGUUAUCAAAAUAACAACCCAAAUUUCCCCCAAAAAUGCCUCCCUCAUUUUAUUAAUGUUGUUUAUAAUUUAAAUUUUGAGGUAACAAAUACUUGUGGAAUAUAUUCUCCAACAAAUUUUUGUAUGCAAACAGGGCAUCGUUUAAAUAAAUAUUGUGAUGUUUGUGACAUUAAUAUUCCUCAAAAGGCACAUUUACCCAAAUAUUUAACUGGUUAUUUUUAA